AUGGCCUUGCAGUUGCAGGUCACCGGCGGCGUGGGCUGCUGCUGCCCUCGUCCUCUCCCGGGCAGUCGUGGCCGGCGGUUGCCGCAGGCGGCGGCGGCGCUGUGUCGCCCGCCCCGCGCGGUAGCGUCCGGCGCGACCACGGUGGUGGAGGAGGACGAGGGCAAGGUGAGGCUGGGCGGCUCAAGCGUCGCCGUCACCAAGCUCGGCAUCGGCGCGUGGUCCUGGGGCGACACCACCUACUGGAACGACUCCGAGUGGGACGAUAGGAGAUUGAGGGAGGCACAGGACGCGUUCGAUGCGAGCAUCGAUAACGGGAUGACCUUCUUCGAUACCGCAGAAGUAUACGGUACAGCGCUCAUGGGAGCAGUCAAUUCUGAAAGUUUACUAGGAGGAUUCAUCAAGGAAAGGCAACAGAAGGAACCGGUCGAGGUGGCCGUCGCAACAAAGUUCGCUGCCCUUCCUUGGAGAUUCGGAAGGGGUAGUGUUCUUUCCGCGCUGAAGAAAUCACUAGACCGUCUUGGCCUAUCGUCAGUUGAGCUCUACCAACUCCACUGGCCAGGGAUUUGGGGGAACGAAGGAUACCUUGAUGGCCUUGCCGAUGCUUAUGAGCAAGGCCUAGUAAAGUCUGUUGGAGUCUCAAACUACAAUGAGAAGCGCCUUCGGGAUGCACAUGCUCGCCUGAAGAAGAGGGGGGUUCCACUUGCUGCAAACCAGGUGAAUUACAGCCUCAUAUACAGAACCCCUGAGCUGAAUGGUGUGAAGGCAGCUUGUGAUGAGCUCGGUAUCACCUUGAUUGCUUAUUCCCCGAUUGCCCAAGGUGUUCUGACAGGUAAGUACACUCCAGAAAAUCCCCCUACUGGUCCUCGAGCAAAUACAUACACACCUGAGUUCCUUACCAAGCUCCAACCACUUAUGAACAGGAUUAAAGAGAUUGGAGCAAGCUAUGGCAAGAGUCCAACCCAGGUGUCUCUGAACUGGCUGACCUGCCAGGGGAACGUGGUGCCAAUUCCCGGAGCCAAGAAUGCCAGCCAGGCCAAGGAGUUCGCCGGCGCACUCGGUUGGAGCCUGACAGGAGACGAGGUCGAGGAGCUACGAACUCUGGCACGCGAGAUCAAGGGCAUCAAGAUGCCCAUUGAGGAGUCGUAG